AUGCCAAAACGUAGAUACGACACGACAUCUGAUUCGGAAUACUCGGACAGCGACUUUGAGGCGACAGAAAUCAAGGGGCCCAAAAGGGCAAAGCGGACUUCGGCCUCCAAAAGUACCGGGACACGCAGCAAAGGUCCUGCCACCAAAGCAGAAGUGACGAUACGCGCGACUGACGCGCCCAUCCGGGACAAGACAGAAUCCCAGAAACGCCUGGAAGGGAUGGACGCUGCUGUGAUAGGACGUAUCAAGAAGGCUCUCGCGUUGGCUGCACAUCCGCAAACCGGGGAGGAUGAAGCGCGUGCGGCUCUGAGAAUGGCCUCCAAGAUGUUGGAGAGACACAACGUCACACAAGCCGAUAUCAUGUCGCAAGAGUCCGAAUCCGAGAAACUCAAGCGCGUCGUGUCUAUCCGGAAUGACGCUGGGACGCCCUUUCAACUGCCGGCUUGGACCUCCACCUUGUCCACAGCUAUGGACACCUUUUUCGAUUGCCAGUCAUACAGCACGAAAUUCACUGGCUCUCGACCCAAGGUAGAUUGGUCGUUCUAUGGUCUACAAGAGCAAACUGUCGCAGCCGCUCACGCAUUCGAAAUGACAUACAACCUUAUUCUUGCCUGGAGCCAGAAACCUGAAGCAGGCAAAGGGACACACGCAAAGAACUGCUACCGGUCCGGUGUUGCUUAUGGUCUAUAUAAAAUGGCUCAGCAGGAAAAGGCCGACGAAAAAUCCAGGGCAGUGAAAAAAGAGCAAGCCUUGCUCCAAGCUCGACAAGAAGCAGAGGCUGCGGAGACCAAGGCCAAGUUGGUGCGGUUGGAACAGCCCCAGAUCAAGGAAGAGGAUGGGGCCGUCAAAAUGGAACAGCAUGAGGAACGCAAAGUCAAAAUCGAAGAUGUCGACGACGAGGACGAUUUCAGGGACAGGAGACUCCCAUCAAAAUACGAGGAGAACGCUGAUGAAGAAGACAACUUUAAUGGUCCCGCGACAUUAGGUGAUAUGGCGCCAGAUUUUGAUGACAACGACGAUGUCGAUAAUCUGCUCGAUCUCGACGCAGAACGGCCUACCCUGAAACGAAGAGAGUCUCCAUCAGUGGAAGCCAAGGCCACCGUCAAGCCCGAAGCUGACGAGGAAUCGCCCUGGGCCUCCGUGAAUCAACUUGUCGCCUUUAGGGAAGCCACAGCUGCCAUUGGUGAUGACUAUCUGAAAUCUCAGGGGAUCAAGCUUGAGAAGGGACGGAAGUCGCGUCCUCUGGAGUUCAAGGAUGCUCAGGCGAGAUCACUGUACCAGAAGGGAAAGGAUGAUGCAAAGAAGAUCGAUGUCCGUCGCAAGCAGAUCAAAAACACAGAGAUGGACUAG